AUGAAACAAGUGAAAGCAACUUGUUUUAUUGAAGUCAUUGUUCGAUUAGGUGUAAUUGUUAUGUUUUUAUUGAACUUAUUACAAAGACCUAAUCCUAAUGAAAGUGGUGAAGAAUGUUCCCAAAUACCAAUCACCAAUCAAUCAAUCCCUUCCGUUUCUAUUCCUAAUGCAACUCCACAAACACCAAUCACCAAUCAAUCAAUCCCUUCGGUUUCUAAUGCAACUCCACAAACACCAUGCUUUAACCAACCUAAUGAUAAUGUUGACUUGAAAGAUCUUCCAAAGGACCCGACAGAUAGGCCAUUCAUUACAAGUUACAAACCAAAUAUAAGAGAUGAUGUAAGAAGAACAUAUUUUCUUCAAGGACCGUGUCAAGUAAGGGCACAUAAGUUUCCUAAAAAAAUAGGUGAUAGAUUUAGAAGAUUCGUUCUUUCAUGGUUUGAUGACUUUGAUUGGUUGGAAUCUAGUGUGAAAAAGAAUAGUGCAUAUUGUUUAUAUUUUUAUUUGUGUGGGGACCUCAUGGGACAAAAAGGAGGGAGAGAUGCAUUUGUUUCCCAAGGUUUUGAUACUUGGAAUAAAAAAGAUGCAUUUCGAACUCAUGUGGGUGGUGUUGAUAGUUUUCACAACAAAGCAAAAGAAAAGUGUGAGUUUUUGAUGAGGGAAAAACAAGCUAAUAAUGUAGUCUCGAGGAGGCAAACCGAAAUAGAGGACCAUAAAUAUAAAGCUCGAUUACGUGUUUCUAUUAUUGUUACUAGUGAAGAUAUUUUCAACAAUACUUUAGAAGAUGCUCCUAAAAACAAUCAACUAAUUGUCCCUAAAAUUCAAAAAGAACUUGUGCAAUGCUUUGCACAAGAAGUACUUUUGAGUAUUCGUGAAGAGAUUGGUCAAGAUGUUUUUGAUUUACUAGUUGAUGAAUCUAGUGAUGUUUCAAAAAAGGAACAAAUGGUUAUUGUUUUGCGUUAUGUCGAUAGUCUUGGCUUUGUGAAAGACAGAUUCAUAGGACUAGUGCACGUGAAGGAUACAUCUUAUUUGACACUCAAAAACUCCAUAAAUGAAGUACUUACAAGUAAUAAGUUGAGUUUUAAUCAGUUAAUGUUUUUUGUGCCUCAUGUAAAAGAAAAGACUUACUAUGAGAGCAAGCAGGACAAAAGGGGGCAAAAAGGCUUGUGUAGUGGUAAACUUGAAACCGGAAGAGGGUUAAAUCAAGAGACUACACUUGUUCGAGUGGGAGAAACAAGAUGGGGUUCACAUUUCAACACACUCAUAAGUUUGAUGAAGUUGUUUGCGGAUGUUCUUGUAGUUUUAGAUUUUGUGAAAGAGGAGGGAGGGUCAUUGGCAAACUGUCAUCAAGCAUAUGGAAUCUUAGCAUAUUUUAAAUCAUAUGAGUUCGUGUUUUACUUACAUAUGAUGUAUGCCAUUUUACAUCUUACGGGUACAUUGUCAAAGCAACUUCAAAGAAAAGAUCUAGACAUUUUAGAAGCGGCUUCGAUGGUUAGAGGGACAAUGGAGGCAUUGAAAUCUUUUAGAAACAUAGGGUUUGCUAGCAUUUUGCCAAAAGUGUCCUCUUUUUGUCAAACACACAAAACUGAUACUUUAGAUAUGAAAGAGUUGUAUAUUGGUGCAUGA